AUGGGCCAGUACGAGAAGGAUAAGAAGGAGCUGCUCGAGAAGAUCGAACAACUAGAACACAAGCUGAAAAAAGCUAAGCAGAGCGGCGACAAGGACGACGUCGACAAGUACUCGCGCAAGCUCGCCGAUAGGCGCGCGAAACUCGCGUCGGACGGGUGCCGCCUGACGUCGGUCAUGGACUGUCGGCGCCGGCGUCGCGGGGCCUUCGCAUCGCGGCGAUCGCCGCGAGACCGAUCUUUCGCGCAGGCUGCCAUUCCGGUACCGGUUUGGACCUACCGUUCACCUACGUGCAGGGGCGCGGCUGGUCCGUCGACAGCCUCCCGGCCUUCUCGCCCGGCGACGUCCAGAUGUUCAGUGGUUGUAGAGAUGAUCAGACGUCGGCGGAUGUAGUGGCGGGCGGGCAGGCCGGCGGCGCGAUGACGAACGCGUUCCUCGCCGUGCUCGACAACGCGCGGCACGACCUCAAGUACCACGAGCUCAUGGACGCCUUGCACCGCGAACUCCGCCGCAAGCGCAUGAGCCAGAAGCCCCAGCUCUCGUCGUCGCAACGCUUCGACCUGCGGGACCGCGUCUUCUGCCUCACCGACGGCUUCGUGCCGAACGGCAACGCGAACCUCGGCCGGCCGCCGCGCCAGCCGGGCCACCGCCCGCACCGCAAGCACGGGCAGGCCAUGGGCGGCAUGAACCUCGAGGACUUCCUCGCCGGCGGCGGCGGCGGCAUGGCCAUGGCGGCGAUGGGCGGGCUCCUGCUCUCCAUGGCGUUAGGGGACCACUAG